UCCAGCUUUUGCGCUCAUCACACACCCAUAAGCUGUCAUCAGUCGGCAAAAUGGUCAUCGAGAAAGAAGAUACCUUCGAGGUCGACGGGCACAGGCUUUACGCCAAGUCAUGGCUGGUACGUCACUCACACUGAGCAUCCAUAUGCCUGACCUUUCCAUCCCAUAUUGUCCAUACCUCGACAAGAUGUGGAGCACAAUUUAUCUCGCUAAGAUACCUCCUAGCCCGACGGCCCCGCCAAGGCCAAGCUCAUCUUCAUCCACGGCUUCAGCGACCAUCUGGGCCGCUAUUCCAACUUCUUCCCCUCCCUCGCCAGCCGCGGCAUCGCCGUCCACGGCCUGGACCAGCGCGGCUGGGGCCGCUCCGUCCGCACGCCCGCCGACCGGGGCCUCACGGGCCCGACGUCCCAGGUCCUCGCCGACAUGGCUGCCUUCGUCACCUCGCACUUGCCCUCGUUCUCCUCCACCUCGAAGGAUGGUGAUGCCGACAUCCCGGUCUUUGUCAUGGGCCACUCCAUGGGCGGCGGCCAGGUACUCACCCUGGCGUGCCACCCAGACUACCAGGACCGCCUGGUGCGCCGGGUACGCGGCUGGCUGCUCGAGGCGCCCUUCAUCAGCUUCUCGCCCGAGGAGAAGCCGUCGGCGCUGAAAGUGUUUGCGGGCCGGCUCGCGGGCCGGCUAUUCCCGCACCGGCAGCUGAAGCACGAGAUCCGGCCGGAGCACCUGAGUCGGGACCCGGAGGUGGUCAAGAGUAUCGCGGCCGACGAGCUGAUGCACAACACGGGCACGCUGGAGGGGUUGGCGGGGCUGCUGGAUCGGACGGCGGCGCUGGCGAGUGGGCAGGUGAGGCCGUUGCCCGGCGGCGCGCUGAGGAGUCUGUGGGUCGGGCACGGCACGCAGGACAAGACGACCUGGUUUGAGGCCAGUAAGAAAUACUUUGAUGAGUGCACGGGCGAAGUGAAGGAUAAGGAGUUCAGGGUGUAUGAGGGAUGGUAUCACCAGCUGCAUGCGGACGGGCCGGACAGCGAGCAGUUUUAUAGGGAUGUCGCAGAUUGGAUCCUGGCAAGGUGUGGUGAGGACAGACCGGAGGCGAAGCUAUAGGGAUGACUGGUCGGGUGUAUGGGGGUUAGUUCUAUGCGUUUGGUGGUUAGGUUGGUUUCCGGUCUUAAUAACAUGGCCCCUGUUUCUUAAUACGGAUCCAACAGUGCGGAAC